AUGCCCGUGGAUCCUACCAGCCAGAUUGAAAUCACUAACACUGAUGAUCUCAUGUAUUCUACCGAGCUCGCCCUUAGAUCCAAUCUCGCUUUGACUCUCUUAUUGUGCCAGGAGAAAGCAUCCAUAUUCAUAUUUGCGAUUCUAUUCUCAAUGCGUGGGAUAAGCCCUGUUAACACUCCCACAGAUGGUAGAAGUUCUGUCCCAUAUGCAGUCAGUCCUGUGAGUUCUAUACGCCAUCAUAAUGUCCUUGAUGCAGGACAAGCAUAUAGCUUCCAGAACGCAGAGAGCGGUUCCAUGGUGCAAUAUGGAGGGGCUCAGAAACGAGACACGGGCGUUGUAGAGAUCGAGGGCAUACAGUAUUCGUAUGAUAUGGACUCACGCGAGAGACUCAAGGUGCGCAACAUGCUUGAGAGACAGAAAAAGGCCGGCAAGACCAGCGUUGAGAUUGGAAAAUAUCUCCUCCAGACGUAUAAUAAUCGGGACCAAGGACUUGGAGGUAUAGUGACGUACCUGUUUGGCAACGGGCAUCCGUACGUUAGCAUCACUGCUAUUGUUAUGAAGGCUGUUGGCUUGAAUCCGCCGGUCCAGAAGGGCUAUAGAGCAGAGUCGGCUUAUGCUACUCCAGCGCCUUCCCGCCCGUCUCCAAAUAGCCAUGCGUUGUUGAAGUAUGAGGCUAGCAGCCGGGCUGGUACCCCUGCGCAAGGCACAGUUAACCUAAAUUACGUCUUUGAAGACGGUGAAGAGCCGCCUUUUUUACGACCGGCUACGCUCGAGCGUAUCCAGCGGGGAUAUUUCGAUCCAAAGCUUGACUGGGGGAGGAAUUAG